AAGUGGUGGCCUAGGUCAAUAUGUUUAGGAGUUUAUCCUCGAUACGAAUUUGUGUACAGAAACGUUCUACAUACCAACAUGAGUACCACAACCACUUUUGUUGAUCCUGCUGUUCCGAAGUUCUGGAGUACACCACUGUUACGUCACCUGAACAAGCUUCAGGAAAUUGCGAGUUCUCAAGAAGUUCCUAGCGGAGUCAAGGAACAGAUACAAACUUGUAUAGAUUGUUUCAAUGCCUGUGAGGAUUAUUGUGAUAAGAUUUCAUCGACUUCAAGCUCAGCUGUAAACAACCUCAUCUCACAAACUGAGAAGCAUCCGUGGCAGAGCGUAUAUGACAAUGGUGAUAUCCAGUGGAAAGUGGGACCUGGCAUGUUGACGGGACAAUUGGAAGGAACUUUCUUGAAAACGCUACUCAGCAUGUCGGACGCCAAGAAAGUUCUUGAGGUUGGCCUUUUUACUGGAAAUAGUGCCCUUGCUAUGGCGGAAGCACUUCCUGCAGACGGGAAAGUGGUCGGUUUGGAAAUAUCGGAAUACAUCGGUGACUUCGCCCGCCACCUUGUUGAUCAGUCUCCUCAUGGGAAGAAGAUCGAAAUCAGGAUAGGCCCGGCUAAGGAAACCAUGAAACAACUGGCUAAAGAAGGCGAGAAAUUCGAUGUGAUAUUUAUUGAUGCUAACAAAGAAGGCUACAUGGACUACUACCAGAUUAUCAUGGACGAAAACAUGUUGACUCCACGUGGAACAAUUUUGGUAGACAAUGCUUUACACGGUGGUAUGGCGUACCUGUCUCACGAUCUCGCCCUUCUUCCGGGGAUGGAGGGUGUCAACAAUGUUGUCACAAGCUUCAAUGAUUUUGUCUACAACGAUGACAGAGUUAGACAGGUGAUGAUUCCAAUCCGCGAUGGAGUGAUGGCCAUCCGACGGAAAGAGGAUUUUGAAGGACAUGUAUAGAAGAGUUAUUGCAAUGACAUUUUUUAUUAUACGGACAUUUAACAUAAAUUGAUCUCACUUUAUUUCUUUUUCUCAUUUAUGGUGGAUUACAAUAACCUGUUUUAUCACAUGCUAAUUAUACAGUAUGCUUUAAUUAUUUGCUUUCCUAUUAAAAAUAAAUUAAAUAUGAUGUUAUUGA